AUGGCAUCUCUACUCCACCUCCCAGCUCCCCUCCCGCCAACAUCCCUCACACUGGGCCAACUCAUUACCGACCCCCUCUCCGACACCUCCAUAUCCCACACCCCAUCAAUCACCCUCGACGAAACCAAUCACGUCACAACCGCCCAAAAAACAACCCUCAAAACCCUCACGAAUCCCACCACAUUCCUCUCUCACCUCGCCCACUCCCCGCAAACCCUCUCCUUCCUCCGCAAAACAACCCUCCAAGGCAAACCAAUCUACCUCGUCACCGCCCUGGAAACCGCACAAAAGCCCUCCUCCUCCACUACCGCCUCCUCAACUUCCGUCCGCCGCGUAGACUCAGCAUCAGACAUCCACUCUAAAUCCUCAAAGCAAUCAGCGGAUGAGUCGAUAGUAGCGGUCGGGCUGAGGGAGGUGAAAUGUAAAGUCGAAGAUAGAGAAGCACCACAUGCGUUGGAGGAUAUUGGGUUUGAGUGGGGGUAUUACGAGGAUGGGGAGGAUGAUGGACAGGUGGCUGUUGGGUUAGGAGGAGUACUGAGUGUUGAUGGGGAGGGCGCGAAGGACGGUAGGGGGAAGAAGGAACAAAGAGAGGAAGAGGAUAGUGGAGACGAGGGGAUUGGGGGGUUUUGA